CUGGCUGCGCCUACACUGAAAGGUGCCGAGAAAGUCAUCCCUCCAGGAUAUCUUUGCUUCGCUUCCCCCGACUGAACCUGCUGGAAGAGGUGGGGAGCAGGAGAAAGAGAAGCAUCUGCCUCGGUGGCGGCAGUCUGGAAAGUCCACACAACACUUUUUGCCUGCCCCCAGGACUCCCAGGAGAAGAAGGAAGGAAGCUGAAAGUGUUCUCCGUUUUUCCACCCUUGCGAUCGCUUUCGGCCGCCGGGUGGAGGGCUGCAUCCUGCCUCAUUCGGGUUGUCUCGCCUUCCUCGGCCGAGGUCAUGAUGGUGCAUUGUGCAGGCUGCGAGAGGCCCAUUUUGGACAGGUUUCUGCUGAACGUGUUGGACAGGGCCUGGCACAUUAAGUGUGUCCAGUGCUGCGAAUGCAAGUGCAACCUGACGGAGAAAUGCUUCUCAAGGGAAGGCAAGCUUUACUGCAAAAACGACUUUUUCAGGAGGUUCGGUACCAAAUGCGCAGGCUGUUCCCAAGGCAUCUCUCCGAGCGACCUCGUCCGCAAAGCCCGAAGCAAAGUCUUUCACCUGAACUGUUUCACCUGCAUGGUUUGCAACAAGCAGCUGUCCACAGGCGAGGAAUUGUAUAUUAUAGACGAAAACAAAUUUGUUUGCAAAGAAGACUAUUUGAACUCGCCCAGCUUAAAGGAAGGCAGCCUCAACUCAGUGUCCUCCUGUACAGACAGAAGUUUGUCCCCGGAUCUCCAGGAUCCCAUGCAGGAUGAUACAAAGGAAACGGACAACUCCACCUCCUCGGACAAAGAGACCACCAACAACGAAAACGAGGAACAGAACUCGGGCACCAAGAGAAGAGGACCUCGGACUACAAUUAAAGCCAAGCAGCUGGAGACUCUCAAGGCUGCUUUUGCUGCUACCCCCAAACCUACCAGGCAUAUCCGGGAACAGCUGGCACAGGAGACAGGGCUCAACAUGCGAGUGAUCCAGGUUUGGUUCCAGAAUAGAAGGUCCAAGGAGAGGAGAAUGAAACAGCUGAGCGCACUGGGGGCCAGGAGGCAUGCCUUCUUCAGGAGUCCUCGGCGCAUGCGCCCUCUGGGAGGCAGGCUGGAUGAAUCUGAAAUGUUGGGUUCUACCCCUUACACUUAUUAUGGAGAUUACCAGGGAGACUACUAUGGGCCAGGCGGGAACUACGAUUUUUUCCCCCACGGGCCACCCUCGCAAGCCCAGUCCCCCGCAGACUCCAGCUACCUGCCCCCCUCAGGGCCCGGCUCCACGCCCUUGGGGCCCCUGGAGCCCCCGCUCCCGGGACACCACGCCUCCGAAAACCAAAGGUACACGGAUAUGAUCUCUCACCCCGACACCCCGAGCCCUGAGCCGGGGCUGCCCGGCUCGCUACACCUACCAAGGAGACUACUACGGGCCAGCCUUCUACCUGAACCAGAUUCUCCUGACUCCUAUAUUGUGGCAUAG